AUGGCUACCCCAUCCAUUCUGUGUCGCGCCCUGCGCGCCAACCGCCUUGCCGUCCCGGCGAUGAGGCAACCGUGGCGCGCCCUGUCGACGACGACGACGCCCCGUCUCAGCAGCAGCGGCGGCGGCGAGAAGACGCCCGGCGAGAUCGGCGUGGGCGAGCUGGAAGGUGCCAAGUUCAAGAUUGAACCUCUCCGUCGUGUCGGCGAGGAUGACAAGACCAAGCGUGCACGUCUCUUGUACCAGUCGAGGAAGCGCGGAACCCUAGAGUCUGACCUCCUACUGUCGACAUUCGCGUCGACGAACCUGGCCACCAUGACGCCCGCCCAGCUGGAUCAGUACGACCGGUUCCUCGACGAGAACGACUGGGACAUAUACUACUGGGCCACGCAGCGGGAGAGCGACUUCUCGACGAACCCAUCGACGACCAACGCCGCCGUGGCCGAGAGCGACGCCAGCGCCACGGACCCCUCCGACGCCGACGGCGCAGAGGUCCCGCGCGACCGGCCCGUGGGCGAGUGGGCGCAGACCGUGGGCGCCUUCCGCCCCGCGUACAGGCCCGUACCGCUCAGGUGGAGGGACAGCGAGAUCCUCGAGAUGAUCCGGGCUCACGUGCGCACCAGGAGCGUAGAUGGCGAGCAGGGUACCGGUAUGGCUUUCAUGCCUAGGCUCGAGGAGCAGGAGGGCACGGGAAACUGA